GCUUCCGGAAGCAUGUGUUUGUGACCAUGUGAGUGCCAGCAGAGAGCACUAAAUAAACUCAAACAAUCCUCAAUUAUUUCAGAAAAACGACUAAUUAAAACCGCCAUCAUGUCGUCCUUCUUCAUAAAGAAAAAGCUCGUCUCUUCAGCAACAAAUAAAGGAGAUUUAAAACGAAAGAGUAAUACAGACGACGGCAAAGGGAGAUCCAAAAAGUUCAGUAAACGAAUGAAUGAAGAAAUCUCGAGUGACUCAGAAAAUGAAAGUGCUGAUCCAGGCAGAAAACAACAAGAGAAUGAAGAAGACGAGAUCGAGGAGACGCCGCAGGAGAAGAAACUUCGCCUGGCCAAACUCUACCUGGAGCAGCUGAGAGAGGAAGAGGACAAGAAAGCAGAGGAAGAGUCGUUUGAAGCAGAUCUCAUUGCUGGAAGACUGCAGGAGGAUGUGCUGGAGCAGAAAGGCAAACUGCAAAGACUGAUCGCCAAAGAACUCGUAGCUCCAGAUCCAGCAGAGAUCAGGUUAUUGAGAGGACACAAACUGCCCAUCACAUGCCUCGUCAUCACGCCAGAUGAGAAACACAUCUUCUCUGCCAGUAAAGACUGUUCCAUCAUCAAAUGGGAUGUGGAGAGCGGUAAGAAGGUGCUGAAGAUCGCAGGAGGACGGAAGGGAACUGAAGAUUGUCACACUGCUCACGUCCUGUGCAUGGCCAUUUCAUCUGAUGGAAAAUACCUGGCUAGCGGGGAUAUGAAUAAACACAUCAUGAUCUGGGAUCCAGAGACAUGUAAACAUCUGUUCAAGUUUACAGGACACAGAGGUGCCAUAUCGGGUUUGGCUUUUAGACGAGGGACUCAUACUCUCUACAGCGCAUCACAUGACCGCUCCAUUAAAGUGUGGAGUGUGGAUGAAAACGCCUAUGUAGAAACUUUGUUUGGUCAUCAGGAUGCUAUUACCGGUCUGGACUGUUUGAGCAGAGAGAGGUGUGUGACCACUGGAGGACGAGACCGGACAGUCAGAGUCUGGAAGAUAGCAGAGGAGUCACAGCUCGUCUUUCAUGGCCAUGAAGGCUCCAUUGACUGUGUUCAGCUUAUUAAUGAAGAACACAUGGUCACCGGUGGAGAUGAUGGCGCUGUGUCCAUCUGGACGGUGAAUAAGAAGAAGCCGCUGAGCUCAGUGAAGCAGGCUCAUGGUGUGCAUGGCGCUGCAGGUCUGGAGCAGCCCUAUUGGGUGUCAUCAGUGGCGGCGCUGCACAACUCCGACACAGUGGCAUCAGGUGCCUCAGGCUCCCAUAAUUCCUCAGUGCAGCUGUGGAAGUGUGGACAGGGAUUCAGAGGCCUGGAGCUGCUCUUCAGUGUACCCGUGAAUGGGUUUGUGAACAGUUUGAAGUUCUCGAACUCUGGGAAGUUUCUUGUGGCUGGAGUCGGACAAGAGCACAGAUUGGGACGAUGGUGGAGAAUAAAGGAAGCUAAAAAUGGACUGUAUAUAAUUCCUCUUAAAAGACAGGCUAAAGAGCAAGAGGUUGUCCAGUAAAACUUAAGAUUGGUAUCAGAGAACUUUUUAUUUGUUUUCUUUACAUGACGUAAAAGAGAUGCUUAAAUGUAUAUCAAGUUUAUCUUGUUUUAUUACUCUUUAUGUUUGACAUGAAAGCACAAAUGUGUUUGAAUGUGCUUUCCUCAUGUCUUUAGCUCAUAUAAAAGUAUGGAUUAGUAAUCCGUCAGCCAAA